AUGGCUGGUUUCGAGAAUUGGCUCGUGGCCAACUCCAGUUACAUGGCUAACGCCGAAAAUGUGGUCAGAAUGCUGACGCUGUUUGCACCUGGCCAGAACAACGACGUCGAGCUCGUGUCUGAGGCGGCAGGCUCGCUAUUGCAGGGUCUGGGUGUUUAUCACAGCGGCAUCGUCGCACGCGUGCUGGCAGAGAAAAAGCUGCCCCUUUCCCCGCAUGCCAGGUACAUCAAGGCACAGAUGGAGGAGUCAAAAUCAUACGCAGCCGUCGCGUAUACUUUGAGUGCAGUACGGUGCACUGAGCUGCUAAUUGAGAUGCUGGCCCGGCAGAAGGGCGGUGAAGAUGGGCGAUGGAAGGCUGUUACUGGCGUGGAGAGUGUCAAGGCCGUGCUGAGGCUUCUGUUGCUUGCAAUUGCCCAACGUCCAGUUGCCAUGCCACCAGUAUUCGAGCGGGAAAUGGAUCCAGAGGCAGUUGAGCAGCUUGUUCUUGGGGUCGACAACCCUGCGGAAGCUGCCCUGCAAGAAGGCCCCAAGCCACCCAUCCCGCAAAGACUUGAACGCAGCGGUAAAACCUUCCCCCCGUUGGAGGCGUCGCUCAAUGUCGAAUUUGCCCGCGAGACCAUGGCGGCCAAAAUGCUAAAGGCCGAAGACCUGCGCCCCGCGGCUCAGCUUAUAAGAAAGCUUCAGGCCAAGACGUUCGCUGGCGACCUGCUUUCUAUUCUCCGUCCCGUGAUCUACUCUUUGCUCGCCUACAAAUACCGUAAAAACAAGCAGUCCUGGACGCCCUGGUUGACCGGCGUGCUAUUAGAGGUUUUGGGUCGUCAGCUCUCUGCUCAAGGAUUCACUGCGGCCGGCCGCAAUUCCGUGAGCAGCGUGGAGCUCGAGCAACUCAAACGCAAGACCUCCAGUCUCUGGAGCUGGGCCCUUCGCGACCCCCUGUACAAUAGCUUGACCCGGCCGUUUAUCGUUGGGUUUGCCAACAAGCUCAACCGCGUGCCGCUUCUUAAUAUGUUCAGCGUGCUUGUGCACGACUACCUGUAUCUGCUCGAUACCUACUACUUCCCCUCGGCCUCUAUAUAG